AUGUCAGUCUCAGAGUUCAAGGCCCCAGGCCUGCUUAUGACCAUCUUGUCCGCCACCGCUCUGCUCAUAGCAGUGCUCUACCGCGGCUACAGAACCCGUCGUUUCUACCGUGACUUGCCCAGCCCUCCCCAUAGCUGGCUCUUAGGUCACAUAUCCAUUCUGAAAAACAUCGCACUAUCAAUGCCUCGCAACUCAAUGCCUCAGUUAUACUACACCGAAAUCGCCCAUCGAUACAAGCAUGAGGGCAUCUUCUACCUUGAUCUUUGGCCCAUCGGUCCAAGUCUCGUUAUCAUAACUGAUCCGAAACUCAUUGAGCAGGCCCAUAUCCCUAGGCCAAUGGUCCCGCAUCCUUUCACCAACACAUCCAUGGCUCCCAUUGCGGGAGAUGAUAUCAUUCCAACCAAAAGCGGUACAGAGUGGAAGAAGCUUCGCAAUGACAUGAGUCCUGCAUUCUCAUAUACAUAUGCCCAUAAUAUGGUGGGUGUUAUAGUCAAUGAGAGUAAGCUGCUCAGAGGGAGACAAGAUCUUGCCGACAUGAGAGAGCUGAUCGACCUUGCACGGGAAGAAUCAGAUCCUCGUAUCGCAUAUAAUCCACUUGUGCAAAUUCCUCGACGUAUGAAAAGGUACAUUAUUCGAAGAAGACUCGAGGCCUCCCUUUUUGGUGUGAUCUACAAACGACUCGAGACACUCGUUAGUGGAGGGAUUGUUCCAUCGAGACAAACCCCGACCAGCGUCCUCGAUCUUAUACUUCGCGAGCAUGCAGAGCUUGCGAAAAGAGAGAACAAAGAAGGUCGCUGUAACUUUGCCAAUCUUUCUAAAUUUGAGGAGAAACAACUCCUUACUUAG